GUCACAACUUGCCCGCGAAUGGCUAGGGGUACCCUUAAUAGGUGGAUAGCGUACCUAACAUACUAACCUACAUGGUAGCGUUACUUGCUAAGAGGUAAAAGGUCUAGCAUUUUUGUUUCUUAUUUUUACAUAGAAAUUCUCGAUCGCGAUCGCCACUCGAAAAGGUGUCUUCGAAUCGCCGUUCCAGCGUGCUCCUAAAACCUUAUCCACAGCACAGCCCAACUCUCUCAACUGGAAAAUCCUGUUCUUUCAUCCCACUUUUCCCAUCUAUCAACGGCAUUUCAAGAUUGCCAUUCAUUUCAACUUGGCCUUCUAUACCUUUUUUCUAUUCACACCCUUCAACAUUAGAACAGUAAGAAAAAGAAGAAGAAGAAGAAGAGAAGAAAAAGAAUUAACAGAACGGAAAGGUCGUUAAACUCUAUAUUUGUCUACGCCACGCUUAACCCCCUACUUACCUACCAACCUACCAACCUACCAACCUACCAACUUGUACAGUAAACUUACCUAACUGUACACGGUUAUCCGGAUUUCUGCCCCUCGUUCCCCCCCCUCGUUUUGAUAGCUGACAACGCUCCGUCGUCUCACCUUUAUUUUUUAUUUUUUUUUGAUCGCCGUCCAAACUUUCUCACCACCCCGCCUCCUAUAAUAAACUAUAGCUCGUUAUUCGCCAUGGCCGAAUUCGUACGAGCUCAGAUCUUCGGAACGACGUUCGAGAUCACUUCUAGAUACUCGGACCUGCAGCCUGUGGGCAUGGGUGCUUUUGGUCUGGUCUGCUCCGCGAAAGAUCAGCUCACAAACCAAAAUGUCGCUGUCAAGAAGAUUAUGAAGCCCUUUAGCACGCCCGUCCUAGCUAAGAGAACAUAUCGAGAGUUAAAGCUACUAAAACACCUCAGACACGAAAAUGUUAUUUCCCUCAACGAUAUCUUCAUCUCGCCCCUUGAAGACAUCUACUUCGUCACAGAACUGCUUGGGACAGAUUUGCACCGACUCCUCACGUCGAGACCUCUAGAAAAGCAGUUCAUCCAAUAUUUCCUCUACCAAAUCAUGCGAGGUCUGAAGUAUGUCCAUUCCGCUGGCGUCGUCCAUCGCGAUCUGAAACCUAGCAAUAUAUUGGUCAACGAGAACUGCGAUUUGAAGAUUUGCGAUUUUGGCCUUGCUCGAGUCCAGGACCCCCAGAUGACCGGAUAUGUCUCGACAAGAUAUUACCGCGCCCCGGAGAUUAUGCUCACCUGGCAGAAAUACGACGUGGAAGUCGAUAUCUGGAGUGCAGGGUGCAUUUUCGCCGAAAUGCUCGAGGGGAAACCGUUAUUCCCCGGAAAGGACCACGUCAAUCAGUUCUCCAUCAUCACCGAGCUGCUCGGUACUCCUCCGGAUGAUGUUAUUAACACAAUUGCUAGCGAGAACACAUUGAGAUUUGUCAAGUCUUUACCAAAACGAGAACGACAACCUCUUAAGAACAAGUUCAAGAACGCUGACCCAGCAGCUGUUGAUCUACUUGAACGUAUGCUAGUAUUCGACCCUAAGAAGCGAAUCACUGCAGCCGACGCGCUAGCACACGAGUACCUUGCUCCUUACCACGACCCCACUGACGAGCCUGUCGCUGAGGAGAAAUUCGACUGGAGUUUUAACGAUGCUGAUUUACCUGUAGACACUUGGAAGAUCAUGAUGUACUCGGAGAUUCUUGACUAUCAUAACAUGGAGUCAAGCACGGCCGGAUUCGAGGAUCAUUUCAACGGCCAAUAGAGAGCGUUGCAGUUCUCAGAGCGGUUCUACAGGCGGCAAGCAUAGUCUACGGCGACGAUCCUACGGUUAAAGGUAAUCUGCAUACAACCCCAGACACAACCCCAGACACGAAUCAUGUUCUGGCGUUUCGAGACAGUAUUAUUGGCUUGGACUACGCCAUGAAAAAUCUCCUUCGAGGGAGAGAGGAGACUUGCCAUCAGCGAGGAGUAUAAGAAAUACGGGAAUAUAUGAGGAUAUGCAUUUGGCUGAUGAUGGACAAUGAGCAGCGAGGCUCUACGCGGCGGUAAUAUAAAGCGUAACAAGGGGGCCAAGGGGAGGGCACACGCGCUAGCUGUGGGGUGGACAUUCUCCUUUUCUCGGGAUUGGACAUGUGAGGGAGGGGAGAAUGCGCAAGCUUACAGCGUCGAAAGCAAUUUUGAUGCCGCAAAGCAACGAAGUAACAAUGAAGCAUUCGAAGGCGCGAGGAACAGUUAGCCAGGAGCUUGGGCCUUUUUUUUUUUUUUUUUUUUCCAAAUCAAUAAGAGACAGACCGACCUUUUUUCGAAUAUAAGGCCGAACGAAUAGAUACUCCCGGUAUGGAUAUGAUAAAAGGGAUAAAAUAAUAGAAAGCUUUAGCCCCAACGUAAA